CGUUCCUCCCACUUUGCUUCCCUCAGUGGCUCUCUAACUUACUUUUAGGAAAACGCUGUUUUCUACUCCGCGUGCAAGCUUAUCAUCAUUUGGAGUUGUGCCUCUGAUAUUUCUAAACUCUACCAGCCUUUGUCUCGACCUAGCGGCCCCGAGCGGCAGCUCUCCUGCUGUCCUUUUACCUGGAGUUCCCUGACCGCGCGCUCCUCUGUUUAACUGCCCUCGGCUUGGGCUCAGGGAUCAUGUCUCUCAGGAAGCCUUCCUUUGUUAACCACAGCCCUCACGGACACUCAGUUCUGGAGCCUGGAAAGUCUAAGAUCAAGGCAUCAGCUGAUUGAGUUCCUGGUGAUGGCUCUCCCUGGCUUGUAGCCAUCUGCCAUCUUGCUGUGUUCUCACAUGCCUGGGAGCAGAAAGUGUUUAAGAAGCUUGUGGAAUAAUGUGAGUCAGAGUAAUAUAGGAUCAGCAAGAAGUCCCUCAAGACAGUUGGAAAAGAAGAAUUUCUAGACUUUUCAUCAAGACCUUCAUUUAUACAGCUGUUAAAUCCAAGGCCACUGUGGUGAAAACAUGUAUAAAAAUACAUCUGCUGUAAUAUCAUCCAGUCUACUUGAAAAAGAUCCUGCCUUUCAGAUGAUUACAAUUACCAAGGAAACAGGCCUUGGUCUGAAGAUCCUAGGAGGAAUUAACCGGAAUGAAGGCCCAUUGGUAUAUAUUCAGGAAAUCAUUCCUGGAGGAGACUGCUAUAAGGAUGGUCGUUUGAAGCCAGGAGAUCAACUUGUCACAGUAAACAAGGAAUCUAUGAUUGGUGUAUCAUUUGAAGAAGCAAAAAGGAUAAUUAGCAGAGCCAAGUUGAGGUCAGAAUCUGCUUGGGAGAUAGCAUUCAGAAGACAAAAAUCUGACAACAAUCACCCAGAAAAGCUUUCGUGUACAUCCCUUUUAGAAGCUUCAGGAGAAUAUGGACCUCAAGCCUCAACAUUUAGUCUUCUUUCUUCUCCCCCUGAAAUACUAAUUCCAAAGACCUCAUCUACUCCCAAAAUUAAUGAUGCAGCUUUACCUUCUUAUAAGAUAAGUCAGAUAAAAACUGGAUACAACAAAACAGAACAGACUCCAAUUACUUCUUCAGACAACAGCACUACGGAUAUGUCUAAUACAGAUGUUGCUCCUGCCUGGACUGAUAAUUAUGGAAUGCAAGGAAAGAAGAUUUCCCUAAAUCCCUCUGUUCGCCUUAAGACAGAGAAACUAGAAAUGGCUCUAAAUUAUCUUGGUAUUCAGCCUACGAAGGAACAACACCAAGCCCUGAGACAGCAAGUACAAGCAGACUCAAAGGGGACAGUGGCUUUUGGAGAUUUUGUCCAGGUUGCCAAAAACUUGUUUUGCUUGCAGUUGGAUGAAGUAAAUGUUGGUGCACAUGAAAUUUCCAACAUACUAGAUUCACAGCUUCUUCCCUGUGAUUCUUUAGAAGCAGAUGAAAUAGAAAGGCUUAAGUGCGAAAGAAAUAACGCCUUGAAAGAAGUGAAUAUGCUUAAGGAAAAAUUAUUUGAAUCAGAGAAGCAAAGGAAACAAUUGACAGAAGAGCUCCAGAAUGUGAAACAAGAAGCCAAAGCUGUAGUUGAAGAAUCGAGAGCCCUGCGAAGUCGGAUUCAUCUUGCUGAAGCUGCACAGAGGCAGGCACACGGAAUGGAAAUGGACUAUGAAGAAGUGAUCCGUCUGUUAGAGGCCGAGAUUACAGAGCUAAAGGCUCAGCUUGCUGAUUAUUCUGACCAAAAUAAAGAAAAUGUUCAGGAUUUAAGAAAGAGAAUAACAGUACUUGACUGCCAAUUGCGAAAAUCAGAAAUGGCUCGGAAAACUUUUGAGGAAUCCACUGAAAAGCUUCUUCAUUUUGUAGAGGCUAUUCAAGAAAUAUUUUCUGAUAAUUCUGCUCCUUUAUCAAAUUUAAGUGAAAGAAGAGCUAUGUUAGUUUCUAAAACUUCUCUCACAUCACUGGGAAGGAAUGGACGUAACAUCCCAGCAACCCUGGCACUUGAAUCUAAGGAACUUGUUAAAUCUGUUCGUGCCAUACUUGAUACAGAUUGUUUACCUUAUGGGUGGGAGGAAGCUUACACAGCAGAUGGAAUCAAGUACUUCAUCAAUCACGUAACACAGACUACGUCCUGGAUCCAUCCGGUGAUGAGUGUCCUGAAUCUGUCUUGCUCAGAGGAGAAUGAAGAGGAUUGCUCUAGAGAACCUCCCGACCAGAAAAGUUGAUGGUUUUCCAUAGGAAGUGGAGCUCCACGGUCUUCUGGCAUCUCAGUCUACGUGGAUGACAAGCAAAGACACAUAACACCCAACUCUGAGAUGCAACAGUCUAAAAUAGGAGUACAACUUGCACUACUUAAAGUGUGAAAUAGACUCUGGAUUUAGGGUAUUUUUGUAAAACUUUUUGAUACUAUGGUAUACAUUUAAAAGAACAAUUACCACUACAGUACUUCUUUAAGAAUAAUCUAGUCAUAUUUUUUGAAAUCACAUAUGAUUUGAUUUUAUUAUAUACUUUUUCAUAUAUAAUUAGAUCUUUGUAAUUUUAUACGUAGUUCUUCAUGUGGUAUCAGACAAUGAUGGUUUUUAUAAUUGAUAUAUUGAAAAAUUAUGUGGACAUAGUGAAACACUUCAUUUAUUUGCUAAUUUACUAAACUUUUAUAUUCUUAGGAAAGUGAUCUUAGCAAGUGUUUGGGGUUUAAGGAUAAGAUUUAGACAUCUAUCUAAAGAUUUAGACAUCUGUCUAUGGGCUACCGAAUACAUCUUACAUCUUUAUGGGGCUUUCUAAUUUAUAGAAUGCUUUUCAGGCCUCAUUUUAUUUAAACUGUACAACAUACCUGUGAGGCUAAUCUAGUGAGUUAUUUUUAUUCUUGUUUUUCAGUUGAGGAAAUAGCAAUUCAGAGAGAUGAAGCACCCUGUCCUGGGACUGAGACUCACACCUAAGUCUUCUGAUUCUGAGUCCAGUCCCUUCUCCAGCACCCUGCUGUUCCCAGAGAGGGAGGUCACAGCCCAACAUGCAGGGCACCACGGUUCUGUUGAUGCAGCUGGCUCUACAGCUGUGCAUUCCACAGAGCUUCAGCAGGCACUUCUUCACUCAAACACGGCCCCUCCGUAACCCCACUAUUCUUCUCCUAUAAACCCUUCCUCCUUCUGCACCCCCAAACCCUCACCAGGUAGGAGCACUGCCUUGUCAUGUUGUUUCAACCGGCUUCUUUCAGCAGCUCGUAUUUUUCUAAAGUGAAGGGAGUAGUUUGCCCUAUUUAGGUUGCCCUUGCCAGAAGGAGCCUUUGAGAGGAGUUGAUGAGAAGGGAAGUAUGUUUUUAAAUAUUACUUCUCUGCUUGAGAUAAGAUGGAGGCCUGGAGCCCAACUAAAGCAGCCCCCAACACUGCUCUGCAAACCUAGACUCCUUAGAAUAUAGUGCAAGAACCAUCAGUUGUAACCAUUUUAUAAAUGAAUAUGUAUAGGAGUCCAGACAGUGAAUUAAUGGCUGGGUCAAGAUUAGACCUAGAUCCUGAAUCUCCUGGUCUACUGAAUUUCAUAUGAUAUAAUACAGAUAUAUAUAUGGUGAAUAUGUGUAUACAUUAUGCUCACCCAUACAAUCCUGACUAUAGCUAGGAUUUAUGAUUUAUUUCUUGAGUAAUAAUAUAAAGUCAAAUCCAGACUGAUAGGCAGUCAUUAACCCUGAGAAAAGUUUCAGAAUGGCUAGAGAGGACUUGUGUUUCUCCUGACAGCUACUUGACUAUUAGGAAGCUUCAGGGAGACAAAUUUUGAGAGCAGCACAGAAGGGGCUGUUUUAUUGCAUGCCCCAGAAGUAAGCGGAUUCUCAAACACCUGGAAUACUUUUAUAAGUUAGCAUCUAUCAUUAUUAAAGUACAGACUUUUUUGUUGUUGUUGCCAAAAUUAAGUAUGAAAUUUUCCUCCACCUACUUUGAGUGCUUUCCUAGUAAGGAAAACCCAGAGGAGAUGCUUGAGUGACUUGAGAUCAAGGUCCUCAGGUGUACAGUCCACUGAAGACACACCUCAUCUUUUACUGCUGUUUUGCACCACUUUCCUUCCUGUUUCUGUUAAAUACCUACAAUUGCAAUGAUAUUAUUUAUUGAGUAUUUUAUGCCUUACAUUUUGAUGAACAGUGUAUAUAUAUAUAUUAUUUUGUGAUCUUCCUAAAUUGCUCCAUCAAGCAGGAGCUACAGUUAUCCCCACUUUGAAAAGAAGAAACUUAGGUUCAAAAAGAGUUAGUAAUCUUUGCCUGAGAGUCACACAGCACGUGCAUGUACAAGCCAGGGUUUAAAGCAGGUCUCUGAUUCCAAAGCCUGUUCUCUAAACCACUGUGCAGGGCUGCUUAGAUUCAUAGUCCUUGGGUCAACUUUAUAAAGAGACUGGUUCUAGUUUAGUGCCAUGAGGAACUUUCUGGUGGUUAGAGCUGAUGGGUAAAGAAUCCCCCAGGAGAAAAUGGAAGCACUGUCCUAGCAGGUUUUGGUCAAUCUGAACUCAUUGUGGGAAUGUUGCUGAGGAGGUCCAGUGUCUGAAAUAACUGGACCAGUUGAACACUCAUUCCUUCCUUAUGCUUCUGUGACCUCUAAACCAACAGGUAAAUGCCUUAAGAGACACUUAAAGAAACUUAUGGCGGGAAGGGCUCAGUAAGAAUACUUUUCCAAUGCAAAUAGAACCCUCAAACUGUGUUUUGGUGAGUUGACCUUUGUGUAGCCAAUCCUUUAGCACAAAUCAACCCUGUCAGUGUGGUCAUCAUAAACUCUUCUUAGUUGACCCACUGACUCAGAUUUAAGGGUUAGAAAACCUGAAUGUUCUUGUGUCCCUCCAUCUCACUUUCCUAAAGAGCGACCAGGGUUAGCCAUCCUUACUCAUUCCCUCACAAUAUUGAUUGAGCACCAACAAUGUGGCAGGCACCGUGCUAGGCAUUGUGGUGCAGUGGGGCAAUAGCUAACCCAUUCUGGGUUCUACUUACCCUUGGUUUUUUUAUUAAUAAAAGCAAGAACAACAAAGUUCUCAUAUGGCCAGGACUAAAUAGCUUCUUUUUAAUUUUUAAAUUUUAAAAAGACUCUAUUUUCAUUAAAAAAUCAAGCACUAUGCAAAUGAAUAAAGUAAAAAAAUAGCCCACCUCACUUUCUAGAGAUAGCUGUUACUGAUUCUUUGUUGAGUAUUUUCACUCAAAGGAAAUCAUGCUAUUAAGCAGCUUGCUUUUGACUUGUUAUAUUGUGGUCAUCUUUUCAAGUAAUUUGUGUAACCAGCAAUUUACUGAUGAACAUUUGAACAUUUUAAAUUUUCUUCUAUUAUUGACAAUGUUGCAGUGAACAUUCAUAUAUCCUUUAAAUCCUUUUCCUCAUGUAUCUCUGCACUCUUAUGUCAGUAUGUCUAUGGUCUGAAUACAUUCAUAAAGUUAAAUUGCUGGGUCAAAGCUAGGUCAAAGUUAUGUUCAUUUUAAUUUUGGUAGAUAUUCAUAAAUCCUCCAUAAAAGUAGAACCAAUUUAUACUACCACAAAUAGUGUCAGAAAGCCUUUUUUCUGUAUAUGGCAGGACAAUUUUUAGUCCAAAGAUUGCCAAUAGAUUUCUGAUUAUUUUUUGGCCUUAAAAGAAUAAUCUUCAAUCCCACCAUUGUCUAAGAACCUGAAUUUUUUAAUCAUUAGGUUUUAGAUUUCCUUCAGCAGCAGAGAUUAAUUCAUUGCGUAUAGGGAAGUCUAGUAGUGACUAAUUCAUCAUAUUUCUGUCAAACAUGUCACUACUCUUCUGUUUUCCUACUUUACAUAUAACGGUGGUGAGAACCAACUUUUAAAUGAACUAACUUGGGUAGAAAGCACAAUACAAAUCCACCUACAAGUUCUUUGGGCCUCAGUUUCCCCAUUUGUAUAAAUAAGGAUAACAAUCCCCUGCCUCUUCCCAAACGAGUUCAAUUCACCAAACAUUUCCUGAGCACCUACUAAAUAACAGAAUUAAUACAAAGGUUUUUUCACUUCUUCUUUUUUAUUUCAGCAUAUUAUGGGGGCACAAAUGUUUAGGUUACGUGCGUUGCCUUUCCCCAAUGCAAAGUUUUUAUGUUACUAUGUUCGAUAGUACUGAUUCACAAAGCAAGGAGCUCAUAAUCUAAAAUCAUCUUUCUUUUUUCUCAAAACCCUUUUAUUUUUCCAUAAAGGGAUUAGAAGUUAGGGGUUUGUUUAUUAAGAACCCCUGAAGAGAGGCCCUUUAUCACUUUUUCAAAUAUGAAAAAUUCCAAAAUAAUAUUAACACCCUUUGACUAGAAAAGAAAAAAAGGAACAUGCUGUAUGAAGAGCCUCUCCAAUAAUAAAUGCAAAGCAGCUGUCAAAAUAUAGAGUCAAAUGAUACUUUCAUAAAGUGUUUGCACAAUUAGAAAAUGUUAUCCUUUUUCUGGGGAGAAAUGGGACAUUUUUAUUUUCUCUGUUAAGUGAAGUGCAACUUCUUGAAGGGUCAACACACUUGACAUCUCGACACUACAUAUAAAGAAAGAACUGAACUAACAUUAAAACAAUUUACACACUCUAUCGCAUAUAACUUUUGACAAGAUGAAAAGAACUUUAAACAGAAUAUGCCUGUGGAGCUUAACUUUAGAAAUGAAAUACCCAAAGUGUUUUAACCACAGUGAUGCACAUGUAAUAUCAUUAUGCCUGUGUGAUGUUUUUGUCAAUAUUAACUACAAUUCUGUAUGUGCACUCUUCGUGUGACUUUUGACAUUUAAACUUACACUGCUUCUGUCCAUUUUCUCCCCAAAAGCUCAAUUUUUACUGUUGGACAUGGGGUUGGUUUGAGGGAAAGGGGAAUCAGGUCAAUAUCUCUGCCGCCCUAUAUCUCCAUUGCCCCAUCACCAAAUUAUUCUCUAUAUCACUUCUGCUUGUUUAUUCCUUCUAACUUAUUUAUUAAUUUGUCUUAAUUUUGUUUUGUUUGUUGUCUUCCUCAAUAAUGGAAGUGAUAAUGGGAAUCAGCUCCAUAAGGGUAGGAAUUUUGUCCUUGUUCACUAUUGUAUCCUCAGGCUCUGCCAGUCUGUCACACAGUAGCCAUUCAAUGCAUAUUUGGCAAAUGUUUCGUGUGCUGUCCAUAUAACUUAAGACUUAGUUCCUAGUUUAGCUCUCGUUGUCUUGUAUUCAUUUAUUCACUUAAACACUUACCGAGUGUCAUUAGAUGCCAGAUACUUUGCUAAGUACUAGAGAUACAAUGCAAGGCAGAUGUGAUUCUAGUAGCCCUUGUAUAAUUUGUAUUCCGUGCAAAGGACAUACAACUGAAAUUAACCAGA